UAAAGUUGCAUCUGUGGGUUUCUCGUCGUUAUGUAAAUAGACAUGGCGGACAGAGAUUCACUACAGACAGAGAGUACACAUAGCCAUGACACCGACCAAACACGGGACACUUAUCAUUCCCAUGGUGCCUCUGCAGUUCCCCUUACCAUUGUGUCAGCUUACAAACACUUGCGAGAAUCUGGAGAGGGUGUGAAUAGUCACACAGAGCUUCCCUCUCACCGAUUCCAAUAUUCAGUGUGGCAUGAUCUCAGAAAUGCAUGUCUAACAGGAACACAGCUAAAGGCACCAAGAGUUAGAGAAGGUCCUCCAGAAAAAGACAAAGCAUUUUAUAAAAUGAAAGAUGAGGAAAAUAAGAUAAUUCACCAUUCCAUGAAAGGGUCAGCAAAGACCAACUACCAACAAAAAAUAGAGAACUGGGAGAAUGCCAAGUCAGCAAGCUUUUGUUACCAGGAGUUGAGUAAUAAAUACCAAAGAUCAACUUUCUACAACAUCCUGGGCAGACUGCGCGUAGUGGAACACCUCCAUCUGACACACAAUGAGUUACAAGACCUCAGCUCAUACUCAUUUCCAAGAUGUGAAGUACUCAACCUGAACAACAAUUUCUUGUACUCCUUCAAGAACCUCCCCUCCAUUCCAAAGAUCCGUUAUCUGGCACUAGAGGACAAUGAUAUUGACUCAUUCAAUGGUCUAUCUAAGCUUCGGUCCUCAACCAUUGAAGAACUCAGCCUGAAUGGGAAUCCAGUAACCUUCCAGAUUAACUACAGACCAAAGGUGUUCCAGAUUUUGACUCAGUUGAAGGUACUGGAUGGGAUUCCCAAGCUCCAGUCUGACCUGGAGUUCCAGUCUGAGGAGGGACUGAAUCCGGAAUCGUCGCAGUGUGUUGUCAUGUAGGCGCAGGUCUUUGUAAAUAAACAUCACAUCAAAGACCGACAGCUUUAGCCUCAAAUUAACAGGAAAAAAUCAGGCCAGAAUCCAUUUUACUGUGAGGAGUAUACAUACAUGUACUGUAAUACGCAUACACAUAUACAAUUGUAUAUCCAUUUAUUGUUCACCUCUGUGAUAGUAUACAAACUCAAUGGACUGUGAUAUAUAUACAUGAUCUUACAAAUGAAGAUAAUUAAGUCAUUACUGCAAAAGCAACUUCUUGAUUUUGGUUGUAUAGGUAUUAUGAUUAUUUUAUGAACAAAUUAAUUCCCUACCAAUCAGAUAAAUCAUUAAUCUACUGAAUUUCAUUCCUUGUUGUCAGAUUUUUGUGAUUUUCAAGAAACAGUAAACUUCUAUCCAUUCAUCAACUCUUUUAUAUGUAUUUUUAUACUAUUCCCAUAUUUAACGUGGUAUUUGAUCCUGUACAUUUAAUGAUAUGAACAAAUAUAUACCCAUACAAGUGUAUUUCUUUAUUUCCAAAACUGAUAGUGACUCACAAAGCAGCUAUCACCUUAAUUGACUUAACUUCAUCAAAAAGUAUUCAUUGUUUGUUAUACCCAUAAUCUUAAUUAUCAAGAUGUACAAUGUCAUGUACCAAUAGUUUAUACACAAUUUUUUAUUUGUACAUCUAUUUUAUGUUAUAAUAUUCUUUUUUGUUUCUUGUGACUUGCUGGUCAUGUCAGCUUGAGGAACUUCUAUUACUUUAAUAGUUAAAUACUUGAAAAUACACCUUUAUAAACACAU